AUGUCUGACUCCGCUGGCUCGGUGAGCCCCCAUAAUGGCUUGGCCAGCUCUGCUCCUGCGAAAAAGCGCAAGAGAAAGAGCCGCAAAGGCCUCGAAAAGAGAUUUAUAUGCGAAAUUGAUGCAUGCGGCAAAGUGUAUUCACGCGCAGAGCAUCUUCAGCGCCAUCAGCUCAACCACAACUCACCCCAGACAUUCUGCUGCGAGUAUCCUAACUGCAGCCGCACUUUUGUCCGUCCCGACUUGCUGAAGCGCCAUCUAGACAGACAUGUCGCAAAAGAGACUCAGAUGGCUGAGACAAACACAGCCGCACCUUGCUCGCUCUCACCAUUGACACCCGUGGCAGCCGUGCACCCGCACGAGUACAGCCACCAUGGCCAGACUGGCGGAGCGUACGGAGUGAGCGUUGGGACCGCGAGACAAUUUGACAGCAGUGCCGCAGACUCGUACAUGGCUGCUGCUAGUCCUAUUGCCAGAGUAGACACGCAACAAGUUCCGCUUCGAAGUCUUCCCAAUCUCAACUCACACCAGGCUGGCCUGGACUAUAACUUGCCAUCAACCAAUUACACACAAGCACCAGGCAUGCAAGAUAUGCCUCACGAAACUUCACCAGUCACUGAUCAGAUGCUCUUUUAUGAUCAUCUUCCCGUGGGUGAUGCCGGUCCGGUAUUUGGUGCCGAUACUGGGCUUCGCAAAUCUCCCACUGGCGGGAUGCCUGAAGACUUUGUGGUCUAUCUGUUUGAUUCGGCGCCAAGCAAUACCGGAAAUGGCAACAGUGUUCUGCCACAAGCAGCUGCCCGCUAUGGAGAACUCAACCAAGCUCAGUACCCGGACAGCAAUGCAUAUCUCGCAAAUCGAUCCGGUCCAAUCCAGCAAAUAGGACCACAGCAGAUCAUGUCGGUAUACAAUCUUCUCGAACCACAUAUGCCGGAAGCCAGCAUGUCUGAUGCCAGGAGCCAAGAAGUGUUUGACUACAUCAAGGAUCGAUUCCACGGCGGCGAGAGCGAAGAUUUACGUCAUACGAGAGAUUAUAUUCUUUCCGGCGACAGAAGUAGAAGUGACCACAUACUGAGCAAGCGAAUGAUGCAAGCCUAUAUCGGGUCCUUCUGGAAGCACUUCAACGCUCAGAUGCCAAUUCUGCACAAGCCGACCUUUGUCGCCGACAAGACGCCGAUGAUACUACUUUUGGCAAUCAUGGCCACUGGAGCUGCGUCUCUGGAUAAGAAGCGCGGAACCGAGGUAACCAUGGCAGGAGUGCGCCUUUCCAACUUUCUUGUUACACAUCUGCGGUGGGAAGUAUUCAUGGACGCAGGCUUUCGCCCCCCAGCGAAGCUAUGGAUAUUUCAAACGCUCAUAUUCCUGGAGCUGUAUGAGAAGAUGUGCUCGACAAGAGAAUUGCACGAGAGAGCGCACAUUCACCACGCCACAACAAUUACACUCAUGCGGCGCGGCCGCAGUUUGAUAGGGAAAGCAUCCUCCGAAUCCCCCACGCACGCAGGUGGCCCCAGACCGCCCAAGACUGCAGACGAGCAAUGGGAUCAAUGGAUUGUCAACGAGUCAACGAAAAGAGCCGCCUGUGCGGCUUUCAUGGUUGAUUCCCUUCAUGCUACCAUGUUUGGCCACUCAGCCGUCAUGGCUGCCCAUGAGAUGCGCUUGCCGCUGCCAUGCGACGACUCAUUGUGGAAAGCUACGAGCAGUGCUGAAUUCAGUAGGACCGAGAGCAAACUCCUAGAGCAGGGCGUGACGCCCAUGUCUUUCUUGGAAGGGCUAAAAAGAACACUCAACAAGCAGCAAGUCCACACAACAUACUUUGUGAGGGCUGUUCUCAUGGCAGGGCUUUUAAAUGUCACAUAUCAUCUAAGCCAGCGGGAUAUGCAAGCCAAUGUACUUGGUGGCGGUAUGGGACACGCCGCCGGUGGCCGAGACAAGUGGCGAAUUGCGUUGACGCGAGCAUAUGACUUUUGGAAGUCGGAUUUCGAUGAUUCUUUAAGUGGAAAGCAACCACAACGGGAUCCGUAUGGCAAUGAUGAGAUAGACACGGAGGUCUAUACCAUGUUUGAGGCACGCACGGUGCUGCAUCAUCUUGCCCACAUGGCCAUGCACGCUGAUAUAGUCGACUGUCAAAUCUUUGCUGGAGCCAAGAGACUACUGGGUCGACCCGUCAGCGCAAACGAAUACGCAGCCGCACAGCGGCGUAUAACGGAGGACUGGGCACCGUCGGCAAAGGCCCGCGAUGCUGCCUACUACGCGCUCAAGCUCCUCCGCUUCGUGCUCGCGCCGGACCAGAUCUUGCAGAGUGAGGACGUGCCGGUGCGUCCGCAGUCGGGCCAGCCGUACGAGUUUCGACACGAUAUCCUGCUCAACCGGCCGUGGGCGCUCUACUUUGCGGCGCUCGUAAUCUGGUGCUACGGGUACGCCAUCGAGGGGCCGAGCCUGCGCUACGCGGAGCCGGCGACGCACCAUGAUCGGUGGAUGCAGAUGCGCGGCUACCUAUCCUUGCACGUGAGACUGAGCGAUCCGAAUGAGCUGCAGGAGGCACGAGGCUUCAAUGGCAACAUCUCGAUGCUCAUGGUGCUGCGUGACUCGCUGCGACAGUCACGGUGGGAGCUGCUGCAUGAGGCGGGGGAGCUGCUACAGAAUUGCAUAGCGCUGAGCCAAGGCCGCGUGAUUGCAUAG